UAAAAUCUCCCGUGGCCGCCGCCGCUCCUCAACGACACAGAGUACUGAAAUAGUGCUCGACUAUUGCUCUCUCUAGCCGCUUUUCUCCAAUAUUAUCCGAAAUACAAGAGGAAUAGGCUAUACGGGAAAAGAAAGAUGGCUGAUGUUGUGCAGUACAAGCUCGAGCGGAUUCUCCCGGAGUUGGAGGACUUGCACAAACGCGGCUUGUUCAGCCGCACAGAGAUUGCCGAGAUCGUCAAACAGCGUCGCAAGUUUGAGUACCGGCUGAAGAGGCAUAGUCCACUGAAAUCGGAUUUCAUAGCCUACAUUGAUUACGAGAAGCAGCUAGACGCCCUGCGGCUCCUUCGUAAGAAAUCUCUGAUGAAACAGGGCGGCUACACUAAGGCCAAGAAAUCUGUUUCCGAUUUUUCCGGCUUAGCGAGGAUUGUGGAGAUUUAUCGCCUUGCUACCAAUCGGUUCAAGGGCGACAUAGACCUCUGGUUUCAGUAUUUGGAGUUUUGCAGAGAGCGAAGGAAUGGUAGAAUGAAGAAGGCUCUGAUAGAUGCUAUCAGGCUUCAUCCAAAUGUGCCUGGGCUGUGGAUUUAUGCUGCAGCUUGGGAAUUUGACCACAACUUAAAUGCCGCAGCUGCUCGUGCCUUGAUGCAACGUGGUUUUAGAGCAUGCUCAUCUUCUGAGGAUCUAUGGGUAGAAUAUCUUCGUAUGGAGCUCACAUACCUUAAUAAGCUGAAGGCUCGAAAAGUAGCCCUCAGAGAAGAUGUUGGCAUGUUGAGUCUGGAUCAGAAAAGUGUAGAAGAGAAGCAUUGGAGAGAUAAGAACGAAGAAUUAUUUAUGUCCAUUGAUUUAAAGAGUGAGGAUGGUAAACCAUUAAAUCCUCAAGAUGUUGAGGAAAAGGACAAAGUUGAUUUAUUUCAAGAGAACGGCUUAAGAAUUCUUCAAACUGUUUAUGCAAGUGCUAUUGAAUCCAUCCCUUCUAGUUUCAGCUUAAGAAUACGGUUCCUUGAUAUACUAGAAGCAACAGGUUUAGGUUGCUCAGGAGAUAUGCGAAUGAAGAUACUUGAUGAUUUGAAAAAGGACUUCAGUAAAGCACCAGAGUAUUGGGACUGGUUGGCGAAAACAGAAAUGUUUGGUCUUAGAAACACGAAGAAUAAUGCUGAGUUAAUGACUACUGAUCUCUUACACAAAGCAAUUCAAGUAUAUGAGGAGGGUUUAGAAGUUGUGUCUUCAGCCACAAUGUUUGAUCUUUAUGUCAAGUUUUUGAAAGAUGUCAUCCUGUAUGCAAAUGGAGAUGUUAAAUCUUCAAAUAUAUUAAGCACUCACGGUCAUGUUGUUAAUCCCAUUUCACGUCUGUUGAUGGUGUACGAGAAGGCUGAGAGCUCGGGGUGCAUCACGGAAGACCUAGCCUGCCAACAUAUUUCUCUCCUAUUACAACUGGGGAAACACAUUGAAGCGAAGACACUGUUAGAAAAGUUCUGUUCUGGAAAUUUUUCUGAAGCAGUGAAUUUGUGGGCAUUACGGCUCUCCAUAGAGAUGAUGUGUACUGGAAAUGGUACCUCUUUGGAUAAGGCAUCUCUAUCAUCAUUGUUUGAUCCCCUGAGAAUCGUUCUAAUUAAAGUUUCUAUAACAAGGGCAGAAAACUUGUGGCUUAUGGCGCUCAAGUUUUUCUCAACGCAUAAGAAUUUUUUUGACAAACUGGUGGAUACUUCAGUAGCUUUAUUGGCUGAACAAGGUGGAAGUGAUGAUGAAAUUUCACUUUCUUCUACCAUUGUACAUUAUGUUCUGCAGAAGGAUGGUCUUCACUCUGCAAGAGUGAUGUACAGGCGAUUUAUGGCUCUACCACACCCGGGACUUUCAAUAUAUAAGAAUUGCAUCAAAUUGGAAGAGAGUCUUGUGUCUGCGGGUGACAAGGGUUCUCUUGCAAAUGCUCGCUCACUUUAUGAUUCUGCACUGACAGCAUAUGGCCAAGAAAUUAGCUUGUGGAAAGACUACUACUCUAUGGAAGCUAAGUUUGGAACACCUGAAAAAGCAGCAGCAGUUCAAUGGCGGGCACGGAAAACACUCAACAAAAACGUCCUAUUAUCAAAGUUUUAAAGUUUUUGAGAGAUUAACAUGUAUGUGUAGUCCACAUAAAUUUUGUACUAUCCUGUUCUUUCUCUAUUAGCAUACCUACUGAAUCCAUUAGGUACCUGUGAACAUCGAUGCCCAUCCGAGCAAUUGUAUGUGCAUUUUCUGAAGGUAAAUUAGAUGUGCUGUUGAAUUCUUACAUAAGAACAGAACAUCAAUUGGUAGAACGGAGCUACUGUCUUGCGCAAGCUUGUUUGUUAAGUAAUGCUCAUCUCAGGGCAAGCAUGUUUGUUGAGUAAUGCACAUCUCAGAUUGAAAUGUUAUGUUUUUGU